UUUUCAAAAUAAAAUAAAUAUUUUUCUUUCCUGAUGUAGAAAUUGAGUAUUGAGUAAAGUGGUUUUCGUUACAUUACAUUAUAAAUAAUUCAGCUAAUACUACACAAUGGAUGAUUUAAGCGACAAGUUUUACUAUCUUUACAGUUCCGACGUCACUUCUCGAAUUCAAAUUAAAAUAGGCACUUUGGAAGGUAAAAGGAAAAAGCCCACCUACAACGAGCUUCUCAAAGACCCCCAUUUGAAAUUUUGCGGCGUUUGUCAAGACAGAUGUUCGGAUUUGGUAGUAGAGACUCAAAUAUUCGAUCAAAAUGAACCAUUAUGUAUGCCUGUGGCAACUGAAUACAAACCCUUUACUACUAGAUGGAAUUGGAAUGAAUGGAUGCAGAUACCUUUAGAGUUUUGUGAUUUACCCAGAACGGCACAGUUAGCUAUAACUAUUUACGAUUGUGCUGGACCAGAUAAACUUAUGCCUGUAGGUGGAACUACAGUGUCUUUAUUUAGUAAACAUGGAGUGUAUAGAGAGGGUAUGCUAGACUUGAGGGUUUGGCCUAAUGUUAUAGCUGACGGUAAUUCACCAACCACAACACCAGGUAAAGGAUACAACGGUAAAGUGCAUGCGAACGAUCAGAUGUUUAAAUUAUCAAAGCUAGCCAAAAAGCACAGGAAUGGUCACAUACCGAAAGUGGACUGGCUGGACAGGCUCACGUUUAGAGAGCUUGAAGUUAUAAACGAACGCGAAAAACGGUGUUCCAACUACAUGUACCUGACCAUAGAAUUUCAAAAAACCAUAGUGGACAAUAUACACCAUCACAUAGUUUAUUUUGAACAAAGCGGAGAGGAAAUUCACACUUUUAAAGCAAACGCUGACUUGGUUUUUGUACCCGAUCCUGAAAUAAGCAAGGACAAUCUUGUAGAAAGAAAGCAUCACAUGCUUGCCAGAUCUCUACGCAGCGGCCACAAUGACAAAGAUGCCAAACCAAACGCUGCAGUCAGAGACAUACUUAACCAAAUAGUUUCGUAUCCACCUACUCAGCAACUGUCAAACGAAGAACAAGACUAUUUGUGGAAGUACCGGUUUUACCUGAGCACUAACAAGAAGGCACUUGCCAAGUUCUUAAAGUGUGUGAACUGGAAUCAACCUGAUGAAGUGAGACAAGCUGAGCAUAUGAUCAAAAUCUGGCAGCCUAUGGAUGUUGAAGAUGCUUUAGAGUUACUAAGUCCAAUAUUUAUCAAUCCCUCGGUAAGAAGAUACUCAAUUUCUAGGUUACAGCAAGCACCAGACGAAGAGAUAUUUUUGUAUCUUCUUCAAUUAGUUCAGGCACUGAAAUAUGAGAAUUUUGACUCAAUUCAAGAAGGCUAUGCUAGAGUUAUCUCCGGACAUGAAGUGUUUGCACUAAACGAAGAAAAUUCAGGUAGUUGCUUAGAAAAAAAAGACAGUAAAGAGAGUAAUAGUACCAUAACAACUGAUUCGAUCUUACAAAGGUCUUCAAGCUAUAACCAAGCUGACAGGUUGGCUUCUUCUACUGUCAGUAGCGUAGUCGAAGCAGAGACAGGCAUUAUACAGCCUUCACAAAGUUUGCCUCCAAAUUUGAUGCAGAACGUUUGCACAGAGUCUGGCAACACUGACACCCUCCAAAGUCAAUUGUACGACGAAGAACAGGAUAUUAACGAUUUGGCAUCGUUUUUAGUGUACAGGGCGUGUAAAAACUUCACUCUGGCCAACUAUUUUUACUGGUACCUGCUUUUGGAGUGCGAGGACCAGGAAGGGACAAUAAAACAAGAUGAAGAUGCCAGGAAAGUCUACUUGACAGUUAUGAGGAUGUUUUCGCAGGCUUUAUUGAAGGGUUCUGAUACAAUGCAAGUGUUUAGAGCAACUUUAAUGAAACAACAGAAGUUUAUAGAUAAACUAGUGUUGCUCAUUAAAGCUGUGUCAAGAGAAAAUGCGAACAGAGCCAAAAAAACAAUAAAACUAAAAGAACUGCUUUGCGAUCCACUGGCUUUCAAGUAUAAUUUCUCCGAUUUUGAAUCGAUACCUUUUCCUCUAGACCCCGAAGUAAACAUUAAUGGUAUAGUUGCUGAGAAAGCUAUUCUGUUCAAGUCAGCAAUGAUGCCUUCCAAGCUCCACUUCAAAACGUCAGAAAAUGAAGAAUAUGUUGCUAUAUUUAAAUUGGGGGACGAUCUGAGGCAAGAUCAGUUGAUUUUGCAAAUGAUCACGUUGAUGGAUAAGCUUUUAAAUAAAGAAAAUCUCGAUUUGAAGCUGACUCCUUAUAGAGUUCUAGCUACCAGCACUAAACACGGAUUCGUACAGUAUAUCGAAUCUAUUCCUGUAGCUGAAGUGCUCACUGCUGACGGGAGCAUUCAAAACUACUUCAAGAAAUACCAUGCCCAAGAGAACGCCCCCUAUGGCAUUCAGCCUGACAUAAUGGAUAAUUACGUUAGAUCAUGCGCGGGAUACUGCGUCAUAACGUAUAUUUUAGGCGUAGGUGAUCGACAUCUCGAUAAUUUGCUUCUUACUAAGGACGGCAGACUGUUUCAUAUCGAUUUUGGUUAUAUAUUGGGUCGCGAUCCAAAACCCUUACCCCCGCCAAUGAAAUUGAGCAAGGAAAUGGUCGAAGCCAUGGGAGGGAUCAAUUCCGAACACUAUCAGGAGUUUAGGAAGCUCUGCUACACCGCCUUCUUGCAUUUGAGACGCCACGCCAACUUGAUGUUGAAUCUUUUCUCGCUGAUGACGGAUGCUAGUGUGCCCGAUAUAGCUCUCGAGCCUGACAAAGCAGUGAAAAAAGUGCAGGACAAGCUGAUGCUGGACCUGGGCGAAGAAGAAGCCGUGCAUCACAUGCAGAACCUUAUAGACGCCUCCGUAGCGGCUGUGAUGGCUGCCAUCGUGGAGCAGUUCCACAAAAUCACUCAGUACAUGCGGAAAUAAGGAAAGUUUGUAUUAUUUUUUGUGAUAAAGAAAUAAUUAGUGAGUAGUUUGAAUCGUAUAGUCUUUGGUGAAAAAAUUUGCAACAAAUGUGAUAUUUUUCAUUAUUAAGCUCUGACCACUGACGUGACGUCUGACUUAAGCUUGGUUUUCAUGCGUCCGUUAUCCGUUGAUAGCGUUUUCGCGCCACUUUUCAUCCAUAAUUUUUUUACUUCAGCCCGUCAACGGAGAAGGAUCGUACGAUAACGGCCGUUUUGACACUUUUUUGGCAAAUUUAAUCUAACCUUAAUAAAAAUUCUAAUAGUACAAGAGCUAACACCGUCGGGAAAACGAGAAUUUUAAAAAAGCUGGUUUUUUAAUAUAUCUUUUGCUAUGCCCUCCUGACCACAGUGCGGGCCGCUUGGCUGCCGGUAGACUACUGCGGUUCACUACAGCGCAUCACAUCUCUACACGGUAUCCCAUUUUCGUGUGUUUUAUGGAAUUUCUCGUUUAUGAGUAGAGAUACAAUGAUGCGAUUUUCACAUUACUUUGCUACUAUUUUAUGAAACUAAAUAUGCUACACAUAGGUUUGUC